CUCAUGGUGAAAACCAAAAUGUUAAGCCAUUAAUUUCGCGCCUACUGGUAGUGGCCUUGAUGGUGGCAGCCGUGCCCAUCUCCAGCCAGGUCAACUCGCCGUGCACGACUUCUAUGAUCUCAAGCUUCACUCCCUAAAUGAACUUUGUCACCAAUAACACCACCAAUGGCACGUCGCUGAACGCUGGCUGCUGCAGCUCGCUGAGGUCGCUCGUGGGCAACGACACCGGCUGUAUCUGCUUCAUUGUCGCAGGGAGCGUCCCCAUCCAACUGCCCAUCAACCGAACUCUCGCUAUCUUCCUCCUGCGCGCCUGCAACAUGCCCCGCGUCCCCGUCCCAUGCAACGCUUCCGGUGCACCUAUUCUCACUCUAGGUCCUAACGCAUUUGGGCCAGUUCGCUCUCUUGGGUUAUUCCCUCCUCUUAGUCCCCAAGGUAAUCCGUUGAACCUAGAUCGCCAGCGACCUAUCUCGCCGCCAAUCCCUGUUGAGCUGCGCGUAACAGGUGGAGACAGCAGCACCAACCCCAGCAGCUUAUGUUGAAAUGGAGACAGCAGCCCUCCACCAACUCUACCAACCAUGCUGAAAUUAAGCCACCAAAAUUUUACCCCCAUCCAUGACUAUAUAAAUGAGAUGUGUGUGUAAUUUGUGAGUGAAUUGUGGCAGAAACGGGAGGAAGAGAGAGAGAGAGAGAGAGAGAGAGAGAAAUUGUGUGUUGAGAGAGAGAGAGUUGAGUUGAGCAGUGGCUCCUCCUUCUCGUAUUUAUUCAUCCAGUUUAUAGUGAGAUUAGUGUGCUCUAUGAAGAUCAGAUUGGACUGAACCACGUUAAAUCUGGUGUUUCAUUUUGGUUGUUUAUUUUUCUUAUGUGUGAUUACUAUUCCUAGAUCCCCUAAUAAUUUUGACCUCCAUGUCGUGCAUCUGUCCCUCCACAUCGUCGCAUCUGCUUCAUGUGACGCAUUUCCAAGUUGUCGCAUCUGCUUCUCCAAUUUUCUAAAUCUCAAGUAAAAACAAAGAAAGAGGAAGGAAGAAGAACCAUUCGGCUGCAACAUUGGGCUUUCCUUUUGGGAGCAGCUCAGGGAGGCUUUCCUUUUCUAAUACAUACCAUGUGUCAAAUUUUUAUAGGGGAGACACAAGUCCACGUGGAGGAGCUAUAAUUGCAAACAACUUUCCA